CGGUUUUUGGCCAAUGAACUCUUAGCGAUCGCCGUCUUCGGCGCGUCGUCCAUGCACCUCGCAACACCGGCGGCCAUGCGAUGCCAGCUAAAGACAUGUUGUCUGCUCUCGUGUGAUGCACUAUUAUGAGUGGCAGCAGUGGAGUUCGAUGUAGUCUUGGAGUGGGGUCGCUUAGGUGACGUGGGUUUAGUCAUCAAAAGCAACAAAUCGGGAUGGCACGCGUCCAGCUGCAGCUCAAGAAGCGCAAGCGCCAGGAGGCGCGGACGGCAGAGGCCGCGCCGUGCUUUCUCUCGCAGUCGCAGCUCGAGGCCAUGACCGAGUACGAGUACGCCGAUGCACAAGCUUCGUCAGCGCCGCUGGUAGCGCUGCCAUCGCUCGAGGACGUCGCGCACAAGGUCAAGCGACUCCAAGACGAAGGCAACGUCUUGGCCGAAGCAGAGCGGUACCGGGCCGCGAUGGAUCGCUGGCGGCAGGCGAUCGAGUACGACCCAACACACGCGGUGCUCCAUGAGCUCUUGGCCCAAGCGCACUUGGCCCUUGGCGAGUUCUUCCAGGGCAUCCAGGUAGCAACGCGCGCGGCCGAGCUCGCGCCGACGUGGGCCGACGCGCACAUCACGUUAUCUCGUUGCCAAUUCAACUACGGCGAGCUCGACCUCGCGCUGGCGUCCUUGCAGGCCGGCAUGGCGCUCGUGGUCGACCCGAUCGAGCGAACAGCGCUGCAAGAUGAGGCGCACGACAUGAUGCGGCUGCGCGCGGAGCGGGACGCGGUCCUCGGGCAGGGCGAAGCGCUGCUGACAAGGUUGACGCGACGGGACGACGUCCAAGUCGCGGAGUGCAAACUGAACCUCGCGCGGCGGGGAUAAGACAUGAUAUAAAUGGUAUAAAUGGUCAAAAUCUAUCAUGUUCAAAAAGACACA